UUUCCGUUCUUUAACAAGUUCACCGCUGCAAGGAGGCGCUAGUAGUUUUGUUUACAAAUAUUACAUGUAUUGUCUUGGAAACCACCACAGUCACAAUUUUAUUAUUCCAUAAAGGUCAACCAAUUGACAUAUGUCAAAAAUUAAGAAUGAAUGCACCACUACUACCUCCUAUUGGCCAAGCCCAUGAUUCGCCUUAUCAAGGAAUUUUCCAACUUGAUACAAUUGAAGGUCGCUUACAGCAGCAAGAGCGAUUGUCAGAAGUUCUGAUUAAUCAAGCUUUGAAAAUUAAGGAAGAAAUCCUCCAAGAAUUAAGAGAUGGUUCUGGUGCAAAAGUGCAACCAGCUAAACUGAUGCUUAAGGAACAUAUUGCCAUGAUAACAAAUGUUGUCAACAGUUUGAAUCAUGAUAUACAGAAGAUGGAAAAACAAAUCAGUUCUCGAGACUAUGCCUUAUCAGAAAGUAAUAAAGCCAUAAAAUCAUUAGAAAUACAUCAUGCCAAGUCUUUAACUGAUCUGAAGGCUCGUAUUGUGAGAUGUGAUUCUUCAAUUGCCAAGCUGAAUUCGAUUCAAAAACAAUGUAAUGAUGCAAUCAAAUUCCAAACUGACUGUGUAAAUAAUUUAGAGAAAGAAUUAGAGAAACUACGUCAUGAAACGGAAUACAAGCUUCUUACUGUAUCUGGCAAACUCGAUAAAAACUCUACUGCAUAUCAAAGGAAUAUUGAAACUGUUGAAGCAAAUUCAAAUUUAAAUGUAUCAAAUGUAGAAACAAAAACUCAAAUGCUCUUUGAAGAGAUAAAAACCUCAUUGGAGUCACAAAUUCGGAAUAUUGAAAACGAUGUUAAAAAUUUGGAUUUGACGUUGAUGAACACAGUAAGACAAGAAAACAAUGGCCAGCUUCAACGUUUGUACACAAUUGAAGAAAAAUGGCUUCAAAAACAGCAAGAGAUUGAACAGCAGUUAAAAAACUUUGAAGAAAAGUUAAGCUCUAAUGAGAAAUCAUUGGAUGAGUUUAAACAUUUUAUGAAAGAUCAAUUAAACACUGUCUAUAAGCAACUUCAGAAAAACAUGGAUCAUUGGAAAGAAGAGUGUCGAAGUGGAUUUCUGGCUGUUCAUGAAGGACUUAGCAACAUGGAUAAAAUAGUAGAUGGCAAAUGCUUGCUUAUGGAACAGUUACUGCGUAAAGAAAUCAGUCAGAUAAGGAAAAUGGUAGUUCUUAUGUGAUAUCAUGGCCAUAUAUUUUAUGGUAUUUCAGCACAUUUUAUUAGUUUAUAACACUGACAGUGAGCAACUAAACUGAACACACAGUAAUAUAAUUUGUUCUGUUUUGCUCUUUUCUCAUUCAAAAUUUCGUUGAAUGAAAUGACUAUCUUCCCCACAAAAUUGCAUUUUUCAUAUGUCAGUGUACCAGUAUAGUAAAGGUAUGUGUUCUUGUUUUUUAGAUGUAUAUAAAAUACACAAUGGGAACUUAUACAUUAAUAAAUGUAUAUUCAGAAAUAAAGUUAAUUCCUUUAAGCUAGACAAUCAAACCAUAGUAGAGGUGCAUUUGAACAUGACUUUAAAUAUUUAAAUAUAUAAAGCCAUGUUCAUAUAUAUAUUGUAUAUUUUUUUUACCAAGCAUUUUUAAUUAUUUUAUCAACCACAGAUGUAUUUAUGAACAUUGAGAGUAUUGACCUAUGCAGUCUUUAACCCUUUAGCAUUUAAGCCAGCCAUAUCCAGCCCUAAUAUCUCACCUGUUUUAUGUUCAAACUGGCCGUAUUCGGCCUCUCCCAUCUACCCUAAAAAUAAACAAUCACAUCAUCAAAAUCUUGAAGCAACGAGAUAAUGCAUGGUUAAUUCAAAACAAUGUGAAUAAAUAAGCAUAUUUAACUGCUGAAUAAUCUGAAUGUUAAAGGGUUAAAUCACUUCUAAAGUUCCAAAGUAACCAUGAUAUGUGCUUGUUGUCACACAUCUAUAUACAUUCAUUCAUUAUCUUAUUCAUGUUCAUGUAAUAUACUAUAUUUAUACAAAUAUUAAUUAAAAUGUUUCAUUUAUGUCUGAAUAUGCCUAGGCUACACAUUCCUCUCAGUAUUUAUUUCAUAUAUCGUAUUUCUGAAUGCAAAUCCAGUCAAAAUCAAAUUUAGUGUAUCAAUGAUACACUGUGAUGCACUAAACAUUUUAUUUUGCCAAAGAGCUGACAGAAACAGAACCAUGUUAUGAAGAUGUUUUGUUUUUCUUUUUUUUCUUUGUGAAAGGUGAUUGCAGUUAUACCUUCACAAAACAUUGAAAAUAACUGCAUUAUAUAUUUUCACUGAUACUGCUAUAUUGCUUGGGUUAAGCUGCUUCCUAAAAUAAUACAUUUUAAAUUAGAUUAUAACAGACCAGCUAUACCCAGUCUUCCAAAUGAAUUGUAACCAAAGCACUGAUGUGGAAUAAUGGAUUAUUCAACAGAGUUGAAAAUUGUUAUUUAUUUUUAGUUUUCUGUCACUUUCAAAUCACACAUUCUUUUAUAAAUACAUGAAAAAGCUAUAUAUAUUUAUAUACUAUUUUGGUUUAUUUAUUGUCUGUUUGUAUUGUUCAAGGUUUUUGAUUUAAAAAAAAAAAUAAUUUAUAACAGAUUUAUGAACUUAUUUAAGCAGGUUCCAGCGUUUUCGCUUAUCAUUUCACAAUGCCAUGAGUUCCUUUCAGUAAAGAAUUAUCUAAACUUACCAAAGUUGCUAUCAAAUAGUAUUUGGGGCUGUGAAGGAAAAUACAAUCUAUGGAAGGCUUAAUGAACUGAAUUGGUGGUGGUGGUGGUGGUGGGGACACACAAAACAAAACAAAAACAAAAGGGCAAUACUUUACAUUCCAGUUGGCAACUUUGUUCCAGAAAAGUUACAAACAUGCUCAACACACAUGAGGAAUUGUAUUUUAUAUCUUAAUUCUAAGUUUGUUAGCUAACCAGCAAGGAAUUGUGUAGCAAUGUAUGAUGUCUCCAACUACCAUGAUUUGAUCUUCCCUUAAAGGAACAAAUAUUAAAGAAUGAGGACUGAGUGUCUGGGCAAAGGUGAUUGGUCGACUAAUUUGACUGAAUCCUGCUGUUGAAUGUUACAAGAUUUAGUUGACCUCUUCAUGUGGACAACAGUCUGUAUUGAUGAUGAUGAUGAUGAUGACAAUAGUUAUUUUGAGAGUGCUAGUAAUGGAAAAAAUCAGAGAAGCUAGACCAAUCAAGUAAGUAGUAGUGAUAAUGACCAGUUUUAUCUUAAAGUGUGGAAUACACUGGCCAUUCCUCUCAGGGUCUUAGGGGCCCAAUGCUAAUCUAUGCUGUGACUGUAGAACCUAAGGACUUUGCUUUGGGUCCUAUAAUGCUGUUAUGACAGCCGUGAUAAUGGUGAAAUGGUAAGGAUGAAUACUACUUCUUGGAUAAUGUUAGAUAAUCUCAAAUUGAAUUGACAUCUACUAAAAACAGAUCAAAAUUUAAUAUGUGGCUUGUAAAAAAAAAAAAGCACAAAAUAACUCAACAUACUUUGGUUGUUAAUAUCAGGAAUGUUCAAAAGUAGAAUUUAAAUAGAGAAGCUAUUAAAAUUGUCACUCAGUCAAUAUAUAUUACCAAUGAGUAAUAAGUGUGUCUCGCGGCAAAUUCUUAAUUAAUCAAGGUUUCAUCUUGGUUUCAAUUUGAGCUUGAAAUUGUGUUCAUACAUUUGUUAAUACUUCUACUUCUUGGGAAGACAAGAUUAUGAUGUAAUCUCAUUCUUCUUAUAUUAUGAAUCUUAGUAGCAGAUCAUCAUCAAUGUCCGCAUUGGUACUGUUGUUGUCGUCAUUGUCAUCAUUUUAACGUCCACUUUUCCAUACCUGCAUGAGUCAGAUGAAAUUUGUUGAGGUAUAUUUUUUUACAGCUGGAUGCCCUACCUGUUGCCAACCCUCACCUCAUUUCAGGCAAAGAAAUAUUUCCCUGUGACGGUGAGCUGGCAGAAACGUUAGCACGCCGGGCGAAAUGCUUAGCAGUAUUUCGUUUGCCCCUAUGUUCUGAGUUCAAAUUCUGCCAAAGUCGACUUUGCCUUUCAUCCUUUCAGGGUCGAUUAAAUAAGUACCAGUUAUGCAUUGGGGUCGAUAUAAAUCCAUUUGCCUGUCCUUGUUUGUCCCCUCUGUGUGUAGCCCCUUGUGGGCAGUAAAGAAAUAAGAAAUAUUUCCCUGUGACCAAACAUGUUUCCAUGGAAGACUGAAAAUGAAGGACACCACUUGUGUGAUGGUGACACUUGUUUACAACUAUCACACAAUAUCAAGGAAAGGAGACAGUAACACACACACACAUGACAGGUAGGCUUCUUUUGCUUCCAUUUACUGAAUCCACUCAUAAGGCUUUGGUCAGCCCAGGGCUGUAGCAGAAGAUACCGGCCUAAAGUGCAAGUGCCAUGCAACAGGACUGAACCUGAAACCAUGUGAUUAGGAAGCAAACUUCUUACUACUCUGCCACACCUGUGCCUAUUCAAUUAAUUAAUAAGUGGUAGUGGGUGACAGAAAUGAUUACAAGCCACGUAUUAAAUCUUGAUCUGUUUUAAGACGGUAAGCUGGCAGAAUGUUAGCACGCCGGGCGAAAUGCUUAGUGGUAUUUCGUCUGCCGCUACAUUCUGAGUUCAAAUUCCGCUGAGGUCAACUUAGCCUUUCAUCCUUUCGGGGUCGAUUAAAUAAGUACCAGUUACGCACUGGGAUUAAUAUAAUCAACUUAAUCCCUUUGUCUGUCCUUGUUUGUCCCCUCUAUGUUUAGCCCCUUAUGGGUAAUAAAGAAAUAAGAAAUGAUUGUAAGACUGUUUAUCAACAGUGUUUAGUUCCAUCCUUGUGUGUUCUGAGUUUAUAUUUUAUUAAGCAGGGUUAACUAUCAUUCAUGUACCAGAGUUGGUUUAAGUAAUUGUACCACAAAUUUAUGAUUCAUUUCUCAAUGUUGGAAAUUGUAGUUAAUAAUAAAUAUGAGAAAAAGAUGAAUUUACACAGACAAAUUUACUAUUCACUAUGUUUUGUGAAGGAGAAUUUACACAAAUCAUAUAAUGACAGAAUGUAAUCAUAAUCUAUAUUUUAUUACAUUUAUACUUAAAUUUUUUGAUCUAUGAAGGUGGUUUGCUUCAUAGAAAUAUGUUAUAAUCCUUCCAAUAUAUUCCAGUUUUAUAACUUGGAUAUUUUUCAAAGUUUAUAAUUUUGAUAAUUUUGAUGGAGAUAAAAAAAGAUUUUGUAAAAUUGAGUUUCAGUUUGAAUUAUUCAGUUUAUAUUAUAUUUUGUGAAUGUUUUGAA